GUGAUCGUCACGUGGAAGCAGUCAGGCUUGUGUCACAUGGUUUGGUUUGCCAGGCUCAUCCGAAAGCCUUGAAGUUUCAAAGAAUUGGGAGUCGGGUUUGCAUUGCAGAUUUGUUCAUAAACCCUUAAAAAGGAAAACCUUUUAGUGGUGAUCGAGGUCGAUUUGGUAUCUUUAUUCAUAUAAUGGAAAUUCCCGCGAUCAAUCUUAAGGCCAUAAUACUGGUCCACUGGCUGCUGACGUUAUGGGGCUGUAUGAACGGGCUGCCCGACUCCUUCGCCUGGGGGAACUUCAGUGUGCUGGCCGUGGGCCUCUGGGCGGUGGGCCAACGGGACUCUGUGGACGCGGUGCUGAUGCUGCUCAUCGGCCUCAGCCUGACCAUCCUGACGGACAUCGUCCACUUCGGGGUGUACUACCCGCUGAUGGAGUCCCUGACCAACAGCAGCGACGCCUUCCGCUUCAGCGCCAGCAUGGCCAUCCUCAGCCUGCUCCUGAAGCCCGUCUCCUGCUUCUUCGUGUACCAGAUGUACCGCGAGCGCGGCGGAGACUACAACCUCCACUUCGACCUGGAGACGUCGGGGGAGAGCCGUUGUACCACAGACAGCGCUGACACCACCUAUUUUGGCCGGCAGUACUGACCUCUCCCCCUUCCUCCCCCCACCCCAGCCCCCCACCAUCUCCAAACAGGAAGUGAGAUCAUGUAGUGGACGGCUCUGAUCUGUUUCUCUUUCUUUCCUCGGUAUCUGUCUGUGUCUCUUUCACUUCCCCGUCUACCGUUUUUAUUUUGUACAUUUGUGUCAUUUUUGUGUUUCCCAGCCGUCACUGCUGUAUGUUCGCUGUCUCAGAUGUGUGCUUGUAUUGAUUAACAUGUGUCUCUAUGUUUUCAUUUCUAUAAAUUAUUAAUCCUACUUCCCUCAAGACUCAGUCUUCGUACUUUGUGUUGAUUUAAAACGUGACGGGACACAUGCUGAGCGAGAUCAAAUGAUAGAGACGGAGAAAUAGUGUGACAUGGAUUCAGACAAUCUGUCUGUAUAUGUCACUCUUUAAAGACAUAAGUUACGUUUUAAAUAUGCCUUCAUGUUGUUUUUGCCAGAAUAUUACAGCUUUUAAAUAAUCGUCUUAGCAGAUCUUUGUAUAUUUUGGUGUUGGAACAAAUUGUGAAAGCAAUCAUUUAAAGAGCUGUGUUGUUUGACAAAUCCAGAAGCUGACCUUGCCUGUGAAUUGAAUAAAAGUGUCAUUCCUCAAUAACA